AUGGCUAAAAGAAAAAAAGAUGAGGAGUAUCGUACUUUUCAGCAGGAAUGGACAGAGGAAUUCGCCUUUGUGGAGAGAGCAGGUUCUGCAGUGUGUCUAAUAUGCAAUGAUAAAAUUGCAUCAAUGAAACGGUCAAAUAUAAAGCGGCACUUCGACACACGCCAUACUACAUUUGCAUCGAAAUAUCCUGCGGGGGACAGCAGGAAGAAAGCAUGUCAAGAGCUACUGUGCAGAGUGAAAGCUAGUCAGCAGCAACUCCGUGUUUGGACCCAACAAGGUGACUGGAAUUCGGCUAGCUUUGCUGGUGCUUUAGCAACUGUGAGAAACGGAAAGCCAUUCACAGAUGGAGAGUAUGCCAAAACAUUCAUGCUUGUUGUUGCCAAUGAACUUUUUGACGACUUUUCGGAUAAAGACAAGAUAAUCAAACAAAUAAAAGACAUGCCCCUGUCGGCAAGAACUGUUCACGAUCGUACCAUAAUGAUGGCAAAUCAAAUUGAGGCAAAACAAGUGAAGGACAUAAAUGCAGCACCAUUCUUUUCUCUCGCUUUGGAUGAGUCAACAGACGUAAGCCAUUUGUCCCAGUUCAGCGUGAUUGCAAGGUAUGCUGUCGGUGACACACUACGUGAGGAAAGUCUUGCUGUUUUGCCUAUGAAAGGGACAACAAGAGGGGAGGAUUUAUUCAAGUCUUUCACUGAGCUCGCUAAAGAAAAAAAUCUACCGAUGGAUAAACUUAUUUCGGUGUGUACUGAUGGUGCUCCGUGCAUGGUGGGGAAAAACAGAGGAUUCGUAGCGCUUCUUUGUGAACAUGAAAAGAGACCCAUCCUAAGUUUUCACUGCAUCCUACAUCAGGAGGCACUUUGUGCUCAGAUGUGUGGCGAGCAGCUUGGUGAGGUGAUGUCGCUGGUCAUUCGGGUGGUCAACUUUAUUGUUGCCCGAGCUUUAAAUGAUCGCCAGUUUAAAACACUGCUGGAUGAAGUUGGGAAUAAUUAUCCUGGUCUGCUUCUGCACAGCAAUGUGCGUUGGUUGUCAAGAGGGAAGGUGCUCAGCCGUUUCGCGGCUUGUCUGAGCGAAUUCCGGACUUUUCUUGAAAUGAAAAACGUCGAGCAUCCUGAGUUAGCUAACACUGAGUGGCUCCUGAAGUUCUACUAUCUCGUGGACAUGACUGAACAUCUGAACCAGCUCAAUGUGAACAUGCAAGGCGUUGGAAAUACAUUUGAAAACAAUGCAUUUGAAAACAAGCUAGAACUCUUCAUCGCCAACAUUGAAACAGGUCGUUUACUACACUUUGAAAAACUGGGAGAGUUUAAAGAUGCAUGCACAGCAAGUGACCCUGCUCAACAUCUUGAUCUUCAGCAGCUAGCGGGCUUCACAUCUAACCUCCUGCAAUCAUUCAAAGCGCGCUUUGGAGAAUUUCGUGAGCGCACUUGUCUUUUUAAGUUUAUCACUCAUCCACACGAGCGUGCAGUGGACAGCGCCGACCUGAGUUACAUCCCCGGUGUCUCCGUCAGAGAUUUUGAGCUACAAGCUGCUGACCUGAAGGCCUCAGACAUGUGGGUGAAUAAGUUCAAGUCACUGAAUGAAGAUUUGGAAAGACUUGCACAACAGCAAGCAGAGUUGGCGAGCAAACACAAGUGGAAAGAAAUGAAAAAACUUCAACCCGCGGACCAGCUGAUUGUCAAAACUUGGAAUGCGCUUUCCGUCGCAUACCACACACUGCAGCGUGUGAGUAUUGCUGUACUGACAAUGUUUGGCUCUACGUAUGCAUGUGAGCAGUCUUUCUCACAUCUAAAGAACAUUAAGACCAACCUACGAUCACGUUUAACAGAUGGAAGUCUCAACGCCUGCAUGAAGCUUAACCUCACCACGUAUCAACCAGACUACAAAGCCAUCAGCAAAACCAUGCAGCACCAGAAGUCGCAUUAA